CUGAGGACGUAGUUCAUAAGCUUAUAAAUGACAAGGUGACAGUUUUACACGGUGUUCAUUGACUGUACCGCCAAACCUGUCCCCAGUUCCCCGGGCCCUUCUGUAUCAAAUAGGCUUCAGACAUGUAUGCCUGUGCUAAGUUUGUCACCUCUCCCUCUGUGCUGCGUGGAGGCUCCAGGGUCUUGGCCCGGCCUGUAUCUGUGUGCGUCUUCAACAGACCUGAAGCCAGAACUGAGCAGGCAGCCCUGUUGCCUGUGAGUGAAGCAUCCCUCCUGAAUGUGAGCCGAAGCUUCCAGACCAGCGCUGUGUCCAGAGACAUCGACACUGCAGCCAAGUUCAUUGGUGCUGGUGCUGCCACAGUCGGUGUGGCUGGAUCAGGAGCUGGAAUUGGAACAGUGUUCGGCAGUCUCAUCAUUGGUUAUGCCAGGAAUCCCUCCUUGAAGCAACAGCUUUUCUCUUAUGCCAUUUUGGGUUUUGCACUAUCUGAGGCCAUGGGGCUCUUCUGUCUGAUGGUGGCAUUCCUGAUCCUGUUUGCCAUGUAAUUUAGACACCUGUCCUUUUCCCUUCCCUUUUCCGUCACCUCCCUCCAUCCAGGGAGCAAAAUCUGAGGUGCAGCUCAGGAGGCCGUGGCAUUGCCAUUCCAACAAACUACUAGAUCUACCUUUUUAUGUUCCUGUGUAACUUUU